AUGCAUGCAUUAAAUCUCUCUCUGUUUUUUAACCUAUCAGCUAGUCCAGAUCCCACCCCCUCGGCAGGACCAGGCCCCGCCCGCUCGGCAAGACCAGGCCCCGCCCACUCGGCAGGUCCAGAUCCCGCCCCCUCAGCAGGACCAGAUCCCGCCGCCUCGGCAGGUCCAGGCACCGCCCCCUCGGCAGGUCCAGGCACCGCCCCCUCGGCAGGUCCAGGGCCCGCCCGCUCGGCAGGUCCAGUCCCGACCACUCGGCAGGACCAGACCACUACCGUACGGCAGGUCCAGACCCCGGCCGCCCGGCAGCUAGUCCAGAUCCCACCCCCUCGGCAGGACCAGGCCCCGCCCGCUCGGCAAGACCAGGCCCCGCCUGCUCGGCAGGUCCAGAUCCCGCCCCCUCAGCAGGACCAGAUCCCGCCGCCUCGGCAGGUCCAGGCACCGCCCCCUCGGCAGUUCCAGGGCCCGCCCGCUCGACAGGUCCAGUCCCGACCGCUCGGCAGGACCAGACCACUACCGUACGGCAGGUCCAGACCCCGGCCGUCCGGCAGCUCUAGCCCUUUCCCGCUGGUCUCACAGCUAGUCCAGAUCCCGCCCCCUCGGCAGGACCAGAUCCCGCCCCCUCGGCAGGACCAGGCCCCGCCCGCUCGACAGGUCCAGGCCCGACCGUUCGGCAGGACCAGAUCCCGACCGUAUGGCAGGUCCAGACCCCGGCCGCCCGGCAGGUCUAGCUCUUUCCCGCUGGUCUCACAGCUAGUCCAGAUCCCGCCCCCUUGGCAGGUCCAGAUCCCGCCCCCUCGGCAGGUCCAGGCCCCGCCCCCUCGGCAGGACCAGAUCCCGCCCCCUCGGCAGGACCAGAUCCCGCCCCCUCGACAGGACCAGGCCCCGCCCGCUCGACAGGUUCAGGCCCGACCGCUCGGCAGGACCAGAUUCCGACCGCUCGGCAGGACCAGAUUCCGACCGUACGGCAGGUCCAGACCCCGGCCGCCCGGCAGGUCUAGCUCUUUCCCACUGGUCUCACAGCUAGUCCAGAUCCCGCCCCCUCGGCAGGUCCAGGCCCCGCCCCCUCUGCAGGACCAGAUCCCGCCCACUCGGCAGGACCAGAUCCUGCCCCCUCGGCAGGUCCAGAUCCCGCCCCCUCGUCAGGUCGAGGCCCCGCCCCCUCGGCAGGUCCAGGCCCGACCGCUCGGCAGGAACAGACCAGGACCGCUCGGCAGGUCCAGACCACGACCUUACGCUAGUCCAGAUCCCGCCCCUCGGCAGGUCCAGGCCCCGCCCCCUUGGCAGGACCAGAUCCCGGCCUCUCGGCAGGACCAGGCCCCGGCCUCUCGGCAGGACCAGAUCCUCCCCGCUGGCUCAGCAGACAAGUUUUGUCAGAGAAGACAAAAAAAAUGA